GUCGACGUGUGCCAAAAUAAUCUUAAAAAUUAAAUCCAAAAUCCCGGAAGCAAAAGACGACAAUGCUCCUUAAAGGAAGAGAGUAACGAUCGAUCGGGGAGAAGAGAUAGCGAAAAGAUUCUGGAAUCGACGAGGAGUUUUCCUAUCUGAUUUGUUCUACUAGAUUUGAGUGUCUAGAUUCCGAUUUCAGUCAACGACUUCUCUGAGUGAUGGUGGUUAUCUCAUGAGAGGAAUAGUUUUUGAAAUCCUAACUGUCUGUCACCAUUAGCGUGUCUUGUUUCAUGUUUUAAUCAUUAGUUAGUUCUAAUACUUAUUAUUUAAGUGUCUGAAGGAGUUAAAAUUCAUUAAUUACUGAGAGGAGGAGGGAGGAUAGAAAAAUGGCAGAGGGGAUAUCGAGCUUUUGGGGUCCCGUCACUUCUACUACACAGUGUUGUGAGAAGAACUACGCCUACUCAUCUUACAUCGCUGAGUUCCACAACACCAUCUCCAACUUCCCUGGCAUCCUAUUGGCUCUCAUCGGUCUCGUCAACGCCUUAAGACAACGUUUCGAGAAGAGGUUCACCAUCCUUCACAUCUCCAACAUGAUCCUUAUCAUCGGCAGCAUGCUCUACCACGCCACUUUACAGCACGUGCUACAACAGAGUGAUGAGACGCCAAUGGUGUGGGAGAUACUUCUUUACAUGUACAUCCUCUACUCACCAGACUGGCAUUACAGAAGCACCAUGCCUACUUUUCUCUUCCUCUACGGUGCUGCUUUCGCUGUGGUCCACGCUUACGUCAGGUUCGGGAUCGGUUUCAAGGUCCACUACGUGGUGCUCUGCCUCCUGUGCAUCCCUAGGAUGUACAAGUACUACAUUCACACGGAGGACGAUGCGGCCAAGAGGAUCGCGAAAUGGUACGUUGCGACGGUACUGGUGGGAAGCGUUUGCUGGUUCUGCGACCGUGUUUUCUGCGAGAGGGUGUCUCGGUGGCCUGUGAAUCCUCAGGGGCAUGCUCUGUGGCAUGUGUUUAUGGGUUUUAACUCGUACUGCGCGAACACGUUUUUGAUGUUCUGUCGAGCUCAGCAACGUGGGUGGAGUCCGAAGGUGAAGUACUUUUUUGGAGUUCUUCCUUAUGUCAAGAUUGAGAAGCCGAAGACACAAUGAGAGGAAGAGCGUAGAAGAAGAAGAUUAUAUAUAGAGAUAUAUAGUUUUUUUGUCGGAACAUUUCGUUUUAUUUUUUGGGAAGUGAGAAACUUACAGUCUAGAUUUUUCUUUUAUUGUCUUAGUUAUUGGGGACGGUGAUGAUUUUAUGAAGAAUUGAUUUUUAAUUUGCGUCA